AAUAAAAGUUCUAAACUGUAGAGUUGCACUUUGAAUUUCAAGUCUUGCAAAUAAAAUUUACCAAACUGGCCUACCUUAGAUGUAUUUAUAAAUUAACAGUAUUUAUGUAAGAAAAUCUAAUGAAAAACACCGAACUACUUAAGAUCUAUACUCUUAAGGCUUAACACCCUCAUAUAGCCCUAUAUUGGUAAGGUUCUAAAACCCCAUGUUACUGGUAAGGUGAAGGCUUCAUGUGGGAGUUCACUUUAGGCUACACAUUUUUUUAAGCAAUAGUUUUUACAAAAAUGAGCUUAUAAAACUUGAAUGUAAUACUAGGCACAUAUUUUGGCUGCAGUAUAAUAAGCGGCCACCAACACAAUCAAAUCAUAAUUAUCAAUUAUAAAUACUUUCGAAUUAAACAUUUGACCUAUAGAUAUUCAUAAUUAAUCAUUACCAGCUGUUUUAAUUUCAAUUAUGUACCGAGUAGGCAAGUGACAUUGUAACCAGCUGUUUUUAUUUCAUUUUUUAGUGAGUAGGCUAGUUACACCAGCAAGAUCAAUGGCAAUGAACAUGCCCCAAUAUGUAUUUUUAAACAUUGAACAAUGUUUACACGAUAAUAACCUCCCUCCUUUAAAUCUAAAGUGUUGUUUGUAGAGACGAGAUGAAAGGUGAAAAUCAAAUAGUUUUUCACUGCAAGAAAAAUCAGAACAAACCAGACAUAUAAAAUAUCGCACUUGAAAAGACUUUUUGAACAUUCUAAAUUUGAUAUUAUGAAUGUAGGCUAUUGAAAAUUAUGAGCUAUUGUAGUAAGAAUCAAACAAACUGUAACUUUACUUAAUGAAUGUAAUUUUGAGGGCAUCACUACCUGCAGAAAUACCAUUUCAGAUUGGCUAAAGUAAUCGAAAUAAAAUGAGUGAGACGUCAGGCAUUUUCUCGCUGCCACCUGAAAUCCUGUGUUACAUAGGCAGCUAUCUCACUCCUAAGGAUUUACUUGCCUUGUCUGGCAGUUGUCAUUACUUACGAGCUGUCUACAAUACGGAUACGCUGUGGGAAGAAUUCACAGAUAAAAGACUUCUAAACAUGACUUUGGAUAGCACUACUAGUUUAGUUUUGCCAAAAUACCGUGAACUUCAGAGUAGUACAUUAGAGCCUCUGUGUAAACAUAGGGCUUCUUUUUUAAAGCAAAGUCGGCUGGUUAGUAACAUGAGACAACAGAAUUUUGUCAAACACACUAUUCCAUUUGAUGGAUAUUUGUCAGAUUUUGAGGUAUCGUUAUCAGUAAACAAACUGCAAAUAACUUACAAUGAUGUGUAUUUGUUUGUACUUGAUCACGGAGACAGUUGUGAAUUACAAGAAGUUGUAAAAGUAUAUAAUAUUGAAGAAGCGCCUUACCUUAUUGCAACCUUUAAAAUUGAAUCACACAAUCCUGAUAUUUAUGCUAUAGUAAUUUGGAUUCAAGUUGUUGGGAAUAAACUAGUGGUCUGUAAAGAUGACUGGUUUGACGUUUAUCAUAUACAACUUCCUAUUAAAGAAUUUCCGAUUCUGUAUUCCGUACAAAUGAGUGGACCGGUAGAUUUUGAGUUAAACAGGCCUAUAAUCCUUGGCCACUUCCUGUUUGUUGGAAAUAUCUCAAAUAUCAUACAUGUGUGGAAUUUAGAAGAUGGGAAAAAACUGGAUGAUAUUGGUCCAAGAAAUGAAGGUCCAGAUUUUGGUAUUGUAGGUUAUUCUAAGGAUUUUAAGUUUGUUAUAUUGUUCUCUUCUAUCUCUCAUCAUUUACAUCAGAUUUUUGUUUAUGACAUAGAAUCGAUGCAGUAUACAUCAUUUUGUCCCGUUUUAAAUAAAAAUGUGAUGAUCUAUGACACAUAUGGGUUUAUGGACGCUCACCAUGUUGUGUUACUAAGCCGGGCUGAGAACUUAUCAGUGGGUUAUAUUUUUGUUUAUUGCUACAAAACAUUUACUUUGCUAGCUGAGAAGGAAUUUGAGGCAACAGGUCCCCUUGAUAGUGGUAAUAUUAUUGACAACUUUUUUGUGUUGCCAACCUUAUGCAGUGUUGUAAUUAUGGAUUUAAGAACAUUAGAUACCAUUGCAAGUUUAGAAAUUGGAUCAGAUAUUUUUGAAUUUCCUCAAACCCAUUUGCUUUCUGUAGGAUAUAUUGAGAUUGUGUCUCAUGUACAGCACAUUAUAGUUAUGAUGAAAAUAAAUGGUGCAGAGGUGUGGGAUUUUGAAAGAAGAAUAAAGUUGAUGGACUUAGUACAAAGUGAGUUCAAAUGUAUUGCUGUGAAUGAAACUCAUUCAAAACUUAUUGUUUGUGGUGAAGGUACAUUAAGUGUUUUAAAUUUUUGGUAAAAGUAAAAAUAAAUCGAUGGUGAUAAAGAAA